AUGGUGCAGUCGCUGGUCUGCGACAUCGAUGUCCCCAGCUUGACCGGCCGGCAGGACUGGCCGGCAGGACUGGCCGGCAGGACUCGGCAGGGCCGGCCGGACUCGGCAGGGCCGGCCGGCAGGACCCGGCAGGGCCGGCCGACAGGACCGGUCGGCAGGACCGGUUGGCAGGACCGGCCGGCAGGGGCGGCCGGCAGGACUGGCCGGCAGGAUCAGCCGGCAGGGGCGGCCGGCAGGGGCGGCAGGACCCGGCAGGACCAGCCGGCAGGGGUCAGCAGGACCCGGCAGGGGCGGCAGGACCAGCCGGCAGGGGACCAGCCGGCAGGGGUCGGCAGGGACGGCAGGACCGGCCGGCAGGGUUCGGCAGGGACGGCAGGACCGGCCGGCAGGAGUGGCAGGACGCGGCAGGGUGGCAGGGCCGGCAGGAUAUCUCGCACUGUACACUAG